UUAAUCAAAUUAGUCAGUAACGUCAUCAAAAUGGGUAAGCGUCAACAUCAAAAAGAUAAAAUGUAUCUGACAUAUACAGAAUGGACAACAUUAUAUGGAGGAAAAAGAUCUGGAUCUCUCACUGGAGCAAGUGAAGAUACAACAUUUCGUCGUUUACCUUAUGAUCAUUGUUGUUUAACUUUACAGCCUUUUCAACAUCCUUAUUCUGAUUUACAAGGAAAUAUUUUUGAACUGGAAGCAAUAUUAGAAUACAUAAAAAGAUAUAAGCAUAAUCCUAUUACAGGAAAACCAUUAGAUGCAAAAACUUUAAUAAAACUUCAUUUUCACAAGAAUGCCGAAGGACAAUAUCAUUGUCCAGUUCUUUUUAAAUUAUUUACUAAGCAUUCUCAUAUUGUUGCUAUUAAAACAACAGGAAAUGUAUUUUCAUACGAGGCAAUAGAACAGUUGAAUAUAAAAACACGUAACUGGAAAGAUUUAAUAAAUGAUCAACCUUUUACACGAAAUGAUAUUAUUAUCAUACAAGAUCCAAAUAAUGUGAUGAAGUUUAAUUUAUCUACCUUUCAUCAUAUUAAAAAUAAUAUAAAACUUGAAGAUGAAGAAAUUAUGAAAGAACGUAACAAUCCAAAUGCAAAAUUAAAAACUGUAUCUAUGGAAACUAAAGAAAUAUUAGCUGAAUUAGCUAAAGAGUAUAAACAAAGUGAAACUAAACAAAUAAUCUCCAAACCAAAAGCAGAUAAAUUUAAUGCAGCACACUAUUCCACUGGUGCAGUUGCUGCUGGAUUUACAUCAACAGUAAUGCCAACAGAAACUACACAUCAGGCAGCAGUUAUUGCAGAAGAUUUAGUGCGAUAUGAAAGAGUUAAAAAGAAAGGAUAUGUAAGGUUAGUCAUGAACUUUGGUGCUUUAAACCUAGAACUUCAUUGUGAUCUUGUUCCAAAAACUUGUGAAAAUUUUAUAAAACAUUGUCAAAAUGGUUACUACAAUGGAACAAAGUUUCAUAGGUCUAUAAGGAAUUUCAUGAUACAAGGAGGUGACCCUACAAACACUGGUAAUGGAGGAACAUCGAUUUGGGGUAAAUCAUUCGAAGAUGAAUUCAAACCAAAUUUGAUUCAUCAAGGAAGAGGAAUUUUGUCAAUGGCAAAUUCUGGACCAAAUACAAAUGGAUCACAAUUUUUCAUUACAUUUCGAUCAUGCAGACAUUUAGAUCGCAAACAUACUGUUUUUGGAAAGACAGUAGGUGGAUUGGAAACAUUAAAUGCUAUUGAAAAGAUUGAAGUAGAUAACAAAGAUAGACCAAUAGAAGAUAUAAUAAUACAAAAAGCUCAAGUAUUCGUUGAUCCUUUCCAAGAAGCAGAUGAACAAUUAGCUGCUGAACGCGCAGCUGAAAUUGAACGAUUGACACAAGAAGCUACAAAAAAUAAGUCAAAUAACAAAAUAGGCAAAAAUGACGUAUUAAAAGUGUAUCGAUCAGGCGUGGGAAAAUAUAUAAAACCAAACAAAGAAGAAGAGAAGAUAGAUAAAGAAGAGACGAAUAUAGCACCUACAAUUAAAAAAAAGAAGGUGAUGACAAACUCAUUUGGGGAUUUUUCAUCUUGGUAG